GUGACGGGGGGGGUCUGGGCCGCCGCCGCUCCCGCCGCAGCCAUGAUCCACAGCCUGUUCCUCAUCAAUGCCGCCGGGGAUAUCUUCCUGGAGAAGCACUGGAAGAGCGUCGUGAGCCGCUCCGUCUGCGACUACUUCUUUGAGGCGCAGGAGAGGGCGUCGGAGGCGGAGAACGUACCGCCCGUGAUCGCUACGCCGCAUCACUGCCUCCUCAGCGUCUACCGGCACCGCAUCUUCUUCGUGGCCGUCAUCCAGAGCGAGGUGCCGCCGCUCUUCGUCAUCGAGUUCCUGCACCGCGUCGUCGAUACCUUCCAGGAUUAUUUUGGUGUCUGCUCAGAGGUGAUGAUCAAAGACAAUGUUGUGGUGGUUUACGAGGUGCUGGAGGAGAUGCUGGACAAUGGCUUUCCGUUGGCGACAGAGUCUAAUAUUCUUAAGGAACUGAUAAAACCUCCCACUAUCCUGCGAACAGUUGUCAACACCAUCACAGGAAGCACAAAUGUGGGUGACCAGCUUCCUACUGGACAGCUAUCGGUGGUGCCUUGGAGACGUACUGGUGUAAAAUACACCAACAACGAGGCAUAUUUUGAUGUGAUUGAGGAGAUAGAUGCAAUCAUUGACAAAUCAGGUUCCACAAUUACUGCUGAAAUCCAAGGGGUGAUUGAUGCUUGUGUCAAGCUGACUGGGAUGCCAGACCUUACCCUCUCCUUUAUGAACCCUCGGUUAUUGGAUGAUGUCAGCUUUCAUCCAUGUGUGCGUUUUAAGCGCUGGGAGUCAGAGAGAAUACUCUCGUUCAUUCCGCCCGAUGGAAACUUUCGCUUGCUUUCCUACCACGUCAGUGCUCAGAAUCUUGUGGCAAUUCCUGUCUACGUUAAACACAACAUCAGCUUCCGUGAUAGCAGCUCGCUGGGACGUUUUGAGAUCACAGUGGGGCCGAAGCAGACUAUGGGGAAGACUGUAGAGGGAGUGAUGGUCACAAGCCAGAUGCCAAAAGGUGUCUUAAAUAUGACCCUCACACCCUCUCAGGGAACGCAUACCUUUGAUCCAGUUACAAAGCUGCUUUCAUGGGAUGUGGGGAAAAUAAACCCCCAGAAGCUGCCAAGCUUGAAGGGGACUGUGAGCCUGCAAGCUGGGACAUCAAAACCAGAUGAAAACCCCACCAUUAACCUGCAGUUUAAAAUUCAGCAGCUGGCUAUAUCUGGACUGAAGGUGAAUCGCUUGGACAUGUAUGGGGAGAAGUACAAGCCCUUCAAGGGGAUAAAAUACAUGACAAAGGCUGGCAAGUUCCAAGUCCGAACCUAGAGGAUCCUGACAGUGAGGAAGAGCACUUCCCUGUUUCUCCUGUCCGAGGCUGUUGGAUGCAUCCUCUUACCACAUCCAUCUGUUUAGGGUUGCUUCCUUGCCUGUAGUAGCAUGAGCAGGAGGGCCAGUGCUUAGGGUGCUGGAGCAGGGAAAAGUAAGGUUGACCCGAAACCAUCUCAUCCCUUGCUGAGUCUGAAGUUUUGGAACAAUAGCAGACAGGAAGGGUGUUCGGGUCGCUGGGAGUUAGUGAGUCAGCUAUGUAAGCUUGUAUCACCUUCAUUUUGCUGUCAUAAAGGAAAUUCUAGGUAUUCAUUGCCUUUUGUAACUCCUCUUCCUUAUAUUUUGGUUGGUUUUUAUCCCUUUGUAGAUGAUACAAAGUUGGAUUUCUGUGAACUUCAACUCCAGUGUGAUGGUCUGUUGUCUGCCCUUUUCCAGGGUGGAGAGCUGUAUAGUUCUUGGCAGCAGAGAGGUCAUCUAACCACUCUGCCUCACAGGGACAGGGAGAAGAAGUGGAAAGGUAGAUUGUCCCACCCAGGACAAUCAGUUUAUGAAACCUGAGAUUGGGGAUGGUGAUACUGAGGGAGGAAGGGAAGAAGUGGAUGCUUUUUUCUAGAUAUUUUAUAAGCUCAUUGAAUGUCUUGGAUCUCUGGAGACAGACCAGAAACCCAUCGAUAAACCCAUCAAUCUUAGUAGAGUGUCCUAUUAAAGGCUGAGUGUAGUGUGAUCUUGUAACUGAUGGGUGGUGACAUCUGAAUGCAGUUCUGCUUCUCUUCUCAUUUUGACAGUAUUUGAAGGUAGGGAUUGUCUUAGUCUCUUUGGGAAGCCAAGAAAGAGACAGAGAGGCGGAAGAUUUUUGUGGAGACAUAGCUUCAGCUUCCAUCUGAGUGCUGUGGCUAAAUGAAGACAAUCACUAUCCUACUAACUUGUUGGAACCUCUUUUUGACUCUGCCUGUGUAUUACAAAUGAAGGUGAUACUAAUGUUCUCCUGCUCACUGAUGUCUUUCUUUGAGAUGGUUGUGUCCUGGUACCUUCAUAGUGUUUCUGGCUGUCCUACCUCAUUCCACUUCCUGUACCAAUCAGCUGCUGUGCAGGUGGAUUCAGGCAUAUGCUGGAUUUUUCACUGGGACCAUCUUUUCUGCAGGAGCUGUUGCAGCAUCUGCCUAUUCCAGCUUGUGCUGCAUCUCUCUGUACAGCAUAAAUAUGAAACAAGAUGCAUCUGCACUGUUCUGUAUUGUCUGUAAUGUGCUCUUUGGCCACUAGAUGCCAAUGGAUUUUCUCCGUGGUAGCAGAAUUUGUCCCUAAGCUGUUGUACAUGUGACUGCAGCAUCUGUCAGGUUGCUGUGGAAUCCAGCAUGUACAGGUCACGCUUGUGAACAGAACAGUGUGACCCUAAAUGAAAGAUAACAUACAUUCUGGUUUUCAUGUGAUGGAUACUUGCAGUGGAUGAGUGGCAUCAUGCUUGUGGAAUUGCAAGUUCUGGUGCCACUGAUGAAUGCCAUUGCAGGUGGCUUUACUGCUGAGCAUGUUCAGUGCAAAGAUAACCUUCAGCAAGGGCACC